GACUGGAAGGCUACUGGUAUCAUAUGCUCUUGAACAUGGGUGGUUACUGGCUGAUGAUUUUCUUUUGGGCCUUGCUGAAGAGCUGUCAAGGAGUUCAGAAUGGUGGCACUGAACUGUCGCACGGCAUCGUGGCCUCCUCGCUCCUGGAAACUCAGGCAAAUGGGUCUGUAAACGAGGCACGCAGUGGUGGGAGGCACGCAGAUGGAGCGGCACAAACAGAGCAAAGUCAGUUGGGCUGCAAAGAGUUACGCUCCGCCAAAUACAUAUCAGACGGCCAGUGCACCAGCCAGAAGGCAGUGAAGGAGCUGGUGUGUGCUGGAGAGUGUGUACCCACUCAGCUGCUACCCAACUGGAUUGGAGGAGGAUACUGGGCCAGGCGCGAUGAGUCUGAGUGGAGGUGUGUGAAUGAGCAUGUACGUCCACAGCGUAUUAAGCUUUUGUGUCAGGAUGGCACUACACGCUCCUACAAGGUCAAUCUUGUGGCAUCAUGCACAUGCAAGCGUUACACACGGCAACACAAUGAGUCAGAGAUGAAGCCUUUACCCCAGAAGACCUCAUCCAAAUAAAGACAUGAAGUAAAAGCAGAGGUGUACAGGGAAAAUUUGAAUAAUCUUUUUUGGAAAAAAAAAAGAAUCUUUAAUCCCAUAGAACAAGAACUCAUGAUAAAAUAUUAAACUUGUUUUUGGACCUCUUGA